AUGUGGUGGUCGUGGGUUGAAGUUGUCCAAGUGCGAAAGUACGCCGCAGAGUGGGUUUCGAUUUUUGCCAGCUCGCUCCUCGAAAACCGUGACUUUGGUGCACAAGGAACGGAACCACCAAGGGCUUUUGGUCCGGGCUCUGGUCCUCUUCGCUGGGCCACUGGGCGAAAUAUUUUUUCAACCCGCGAUGGUGGUGGUGUGCACCCAAUCAGAGCCUUCAAAGCAGGCAAAGUGGACCCGCCCGCGUGCAAUUUGUUAGGGUUGGCCAACCCUCCAACCGAAAGGCCUGGAGGGGUGGUUCUGGAGUGGCACCUCUUCCCGCAACCUCAUACAAUUGAAAUUCCUACUCCCGACGACCUAGGUGCCUUUGGUAUUCCGACCGACGACAUCACAAAUCAGACAAAAUGGUCCAAGGGAAAGGUCAAGGACAAGGCCCAGCACGCCGUCAUCCUCGACAAGGCCACCUCCGACAAGCUCUACAAGGAUGUUCAGUCCUACCGCCUGGUGACCGUCGCCGUCCUCGUCGAUCGUCUCAAGAUCAACGGCUCCCUGGCCCGCAGAUGUCUUGCCGACCUCGAGGAGAAGGGCAUCAUUAAGCCCGUUGUCCAGCACAGCAAGAUGAAGAUCUACACCCGUGCCGUCGGUGGUACUGACUAA